AUGAAGAUCUACAUGAUCUCCGUCAUCCUCGCGCCGCCCUCCGGCCCGUGCACGACGCUCGCGAGCGCGAACGACCUCUCGAGCUUCUCCUUCUACCAACGCGGCAGCGUCUCCGAGUUCAUGAACUUCAUGAGCAAGACCGUCGCCGAGCGCACGCCGCAGGGCCAGAGGCAGAGCGUGCAGGAGAACCAGUACACGGCGCACAUAUACAACCGCGGCGGCGCGGAGCAGCUUGCGGCGGUUAUCAUCACCGACCAGGAGUACCCCGUGCGACCGGCAUUCUCCCUCCUUACGAAAGUCCUGGACGACUUCACGGCCAAGGUCCCGCAAUCCUCCUUCUCCAAUCCCUCCGCGAUCAGCUUCCCCGAGCUGCAGGCAUAUGUCUCCAAGUACCAGGACCCGCGACAGGCAGACACGAUCAUGCGCGUGCAGCAGGAACUGGACGAGACGAAGAUCGUUCUCCACAAAACGAUCGAGUCCGUCCUCCAGCGCGGCGAGAAGCUUGACAACCUCGUCGACCGGUCUAACCAGCUCUCCAUGCAGAGCAAGGCCUUCUACAAGACCGCGAAGAAGCAAAACUCGUGCUGCGUCGUCAUGUAA